CUUUGGAUCAUAAAUUUGCCGAAAGUGUACAUUACAGUGUAUAAAUAGUCAUCGUAUGAACAUAGUUUUACAUGUAAUUGAUCAUUGAAUGUACAGGUUUACAAAUGUUUCAUCAAUAAAACUGACAGCCCGGAGUGGGUGAAGUUCAGUUUGUAACCAGAGUCUACGGCAGCGGUUCUCAACCUGUGGGUCGCGACCCCUUUGGGGGUCGCUCGACCCUUUUACAGGGGUCGCCUAAGACCAUAUGAAAACACAUAGACUCUACACUCAUGAAGUAUCAUCGAAGAUAAUUGUGUGGUUGGAGGUCGUCACAAAAUGAGGAACGGUAAUAAAGGGUCACGGCAUUAGAAAGGUUGAGAACCACUGGUCUAACGGGAUUAUAACGCAGACUAUGGCAAUAUCAGAGAGUGGCCAUUUCAACAAAGUGAGAGCCCAGACCAUGACGUGUUCAUGUCUGCCCCAAUCCCAAACCAAACUUCAACUUGUCUCGCAACAGCCGCACCAGUCCUACAGUCUCACAGUCCUACAGUCUCACAGUCCGACAGUCCUACAGUCUCACAGUCCGACAGUACUACAUUCCAACAGUCCCACAGUCCUACAGCCCUACAGUCCCACAGCCUCACAGUCCGACAGCACUAAAUUCCCACGUCCCAUAGUCCAACACACCUACAGUCCCACAGCCCCACAGUCCUACAGUUACACAGUCAUACAGUCCCAUAGUCCCUCAAACCUACAGUCUCACAGUCCUACAGUCCCACAGUCCUACAUUCCCACAGUACUACAGUCCCACAGUCCUACAUUCCCCCAGUCCUACAGUUACAGUCAUACAGUCCCAUAGUCCCACAAACCUACAGUCCUACAUUCCCACAGUCCUACAGUUGCACAGUCAAACAGUCCCAUAGUACCACAAACCUACAGCCCCACAGUCCUACAUUCCCAAAGUCCCACAUUCCAGCAGCCCCACAUCCCCACAGUCAUACAGUCCCACAGUCUCUACGUUCCCACAGUCCUACACGCUCACAUUCACACAGUGCCACAGUCCAACAGCCCCAUAGUCCUACACUCCCGAAUUCCCAAAGUCCCACAGCCCCCAUAUGUCCACAUUUCCACGGCCCUACUACAGUCACCCACGGUUGUACAGAGAAUGUUGUUAGUGGUAGAACAUCAUGUUUGUCAUGUGGUAGAGUCAUUGUGUGUGAGGCUUGUCAUUGAUGUUGUUUGUGAAGGUAAAGUAACAAUUGUGUAUGAUGUUGUGG